AUGCCCGAAAAUACAUUGCCCACACUUCCACGGUUUGGGAUUGCUGCACGUCGGCGCAAGAUCUCUAAGGCCUGCGACUUCUGCCGCGAGCACCGUGUUCGCUGUGAAGCCGUCACGCCAUGUCCCCAAUGUGUGGCCAAUGAUGUGACCUGCCAUCGCUCGCGUCCACCAAACAAUACUCAGAGGAGUAGUAGAGUGCGACAUAGUGGCAAGGCGGAUCGACAGCCCGCAACCAGGCCCCUGGAAAACAAUACAUCGAUCACUGAUUCUCAUCCCGAGGAAGUUCUAGUGCCAACGCCGUCGCCGUCGGCAAACCUGGCAUGGACUUCGCAUAAAACAGACUCAAUUAUGGGAUUCAUUGCCCGUAUCAACGCUUUUUGCUCGAGUCUGUCACCAACUUCACCAACCACUAUUCCAUCUGCCGAUGGCCCUCACUUAGACCAGACUUCGCCGUUCCCGCCUAGCAUUGUACAGGAAACACACCAGGCAGAAUGCGACCUAUCACCCGAGCAGAGGAAACAGCUUAUGAGAAUUUUCCGGACUCGUUUUCACCCACGAAUGCCAAUAGUUGAACGGCAGGACCUAAAUACCUUUGGUAAGGAGGCCGAUGGAGUUUUCUCGCCUUUGCAAGAUGCCAUAAUUGCGUACUCUUUGCAUUCUAUCCAUUGCUCUGGACUUCAAACUAGGAUUGUGGUCUCGGAUGGCCUCAAUUUCGCCGAAAAAAAUCAACAAUUGGAAUGCCUUACUUUCAACGUUGCCUCUCGGCCAUCAGCCAAUUCGCUACAUUCGCAAACCCAACAAUAUCCACGAUGCAAUGCUACUGCUAUCUUACCCUGUAUCUCCUGGAUGUCGGAUACCACCAAGCAGCAUAUAACAUGGUCGGACUAG